AUGUCAACAUCACCUACUGCAUCCCUAAAUAACAAGAGAAAAAGCUCUGUCAGCGAGAACGAAAAGACGGAUCAAAUGCCCAAACGUCAAGCAACUGAAGCAUCAUCCGUGCCUGUAUCAACAGCAGCGUCAGCAGCAACAGUGCCUCCACCAUUAGUAGCUCUUCCACCACCAUUAAUGCAAUAUCCAAACGGCCAAUUCGUAUCUGUCGUCCAUCAUCCACACCAGCAGCCCUACUACCACAUGUAUCAUCCACAACAACCCAUCUAUUACCCCAUAAGCCCUCAACAACAUCCAUUCCUAAGCCCUACCAUGCCGCCCAUGCCAGAGACAUCUUCAGCAACAGCAGGCAAGAAGUCAUCUACUCCACGCAUCCUUCCCAAAAGCUCUGAAUCACCGGGCAUGUAUCCUCAACAGCAACCACAGCAAUCACCCAUGUCAUCAUUCUACCAUCCAUACAGCAUACAAAUGUCACCCACCUUGAUGCCAUCACCUUACGUUUCCAGCCGACAAAACUCUAUAUCGAGUUCGCCUGGACUUGGACCGAGCCAUGUUGGUACCAUCAACACAACAAGUGCAGCAGCCACUACAGCAGAUCAGAGAGAAAAAGCCAGAAAAGUAUCGCACAGUGCCAUUGAACGAAGAAGACGAGAGCGCAUCAAUGAUAAAAUCCUGCAACUGAAACAGCUGAUACCGUCUUGCGUCGAACAAGACAACCUUCACAAAAUGUCCAUUCUACAAAGCGCCAUUGAUUACAUUUCUUAUCUCAAAGAGAUUGUCAAGAAACUAGACGAAAAGAGUGGAGGCGAUGAGCUGCUCAAGGGAGACCAUCUCAAGGUCAAGAUGCAGAAAUCGAUGCUGCCCAAGGAAGUAGAGCCAUUUACAAAUCAGUUUUCUGUUCAUCAGAAUAAGCCAACAACAACAUCAACAAAAACGCAGGAAUUAGAUAAGGAAAGACGACGAUCUGAUCUUGUUGUUGUGGAACAUCAGAAAGGCUUAAAGCCAAUGGAUAUCAUUAAAUCUGGCACAUCUAUCAUUUCUACUGGUACAACCCCUUUAACUCCUCCACAGGAGCCACAGCAAGAGAGUACAAACCCUGCUAGUUUUGAGCCUACCGUCAGCAGCAGAAGCACGGCAUCGUCAUUGUCAUUUUCCUCAGAUGAGUCCAAGCAUAUGAGCUUGCAGAAUAUUUUAUGUUGA